AUGAAGAUCAACAUCCUACCCCUUCUGUUUGCCACCGCUGCUAGCGCCACUGUCCAGGGCUUCGAUAUCUCCAGCUAUCAACCCAGCGUGGACUUUGCCGGUGCUUAUGCAGCUGGUGCCCGCUUCGUUAUGAUCAAGGCCACUGAGGGUACCAGCUAUAUCUCCGCCACCUUCUCGAACCAAUACACGGGUGCCACUAAUGCCGGCCUGAUCCGUGGUGGUUACCACUUUGCCCAGCCCGCCAGCAGCUCCGGUGCUUCACAAGCCAAGUACUUCAUUUCUCACGGUGGAGGUUGGUCCAAUGAUGGCUUGACCCUGCCUGGUAUGCUGGACAUUGAAUACAACCCGUCCGGUGCAUCCUGCUAUGGACUCAGCGCAUCGGCCAUGGUUGCCUGGAUCAAGGACUUUGGCGAGACCUACAAGAGCGCUGCUGGUCGCUACCCUAUGAUCUACUCGACCACCGACUGGUGGAACACUUGCACUGGUGGCAGCACGGCAUUCGGUGACUAUCCUUUGGCUAUUGCUCGAUAUAGCUCUUCUGUGGGUGCCAUCCCCGCUGGCUGGGAGUUCCAGAGCUUCUGGCAGAACUCGGAUGCGUAUAGCUUCGGGGGUGAUUCGGAAAUUUGGAAUGGCAGCUUGGACGCUCUGAAGAAAUUUGCCAAGGUUGCUGCUUAA